ACGCUCGCUCGCUUAGUGACGAGAUUUCGCCGCCCGUACACCUGUUCUCAUCUGAUUUAGCCCGAGAGCGAGAGAAAAAACAAGAAAGAAAGGAGUGAAAUGGAACUGUGUUUAAAAAUCACAGCAGGCUUUCUUCUGCUUGUCCAAGCCCUCCACAUGGUAAGAUCCGUCACCGAGCCAGAUCCCACCGACUCCCCGGGGCGUACGAUUCAUCAGAGUUGGCUCCGUCAGCCACUCAAACCAGGAUUUGGACACCAAAACCUUGCAGCCGAACGGCCUACAGAAGAACCUCAGGAAAUGGAUGUGGCCGGCAUGGAGUCAAGUGAUGAUAAUAUAUCUGGCAUGCCGUACGUCUCCAUGGCGGCUGCUAGUGGAGACGAUGGCGAGAUGGUCAACAGGGAUGCUAAUGCAACAUCUGAUGGCGUGACCAUCGUCAACGCCACCAUGAUUUCCAUGUUCCUGAAUGAAACCACCGUGCAACCUGAAUCGGCGGUAACCGGCGUUUCCCAAACUUCACCGGCCACAAGUCCUACAAACUCGAGCCACGUCAACGUGACCAAAUUAGAGGAAGACAUUCAGAACGUUACAACAACAACAACGGCUCCUCAAACCACCUCGACACCACAGAGCAACAGCACGACUCCAGCGUCCACUCCGGAAACGCUCACGGACGCCUGGCCGACCAACAACACAGAAACGACCACCAACGUUACGACGGCCGAGGCGCCGGAGCUAAACGAGGCAUCAAGCACGCCUUUCUCUACGACGGAGUUCCCCUCUGAGACGACAGAAAUGAUCCCCGUGACCACGACUACCGCUGCUGCUCCAAGUACGGCUGAAAAGGCCAACUUGACAGACAAAGGCGCAGCCUCAGGGAGCAACUCAGAAAGAGGUUUUGCAUCAGAUGUCAAGAAAAACAAAAAGAAGGAGGCGUGGGAAGCCAUCCUGGGAACGGCGGUGGCGGUGGCCUGUGUGGGGCUGCUCGUCUACAUCAUCCUCAAGAAGAAACACCAGAGGGAUUUCUCCCACAGGAAGCUGGUGGAGGAAUUCGCCUCAGACCCAGUCCUCAGAUUGGACAACAGCGAGCCUCUGGACCUGAAUUAUGGCGGUUCGGCUUACAGCAACCCAGGACUCCAAAUGGACAACAUCCAGAUGACCAACUUUCCGGGACGUAACAACAACUGAAAAAAAAAACAAAAAAACAAAACAGCAACUCCAAGACCAAGUCAUGCACUCCCUCGCUAGAAAGUUUGUGCUCACCGGCAUUUGAUCUGUUUUGGAGUUACGGAAACAAGACGAUGAAAAUGAAAAGCGACUUUUGGAGGGCGGUACGUUACAGGUUUAUUAUCAGCUACCACAAAGGAAAUCCUUAAAUCAGAUUACACAUUGUGCUCAUGACAAUUGUUGCAUUGAAACAGGGGUGACAAUCGGAGAUAAAUCUUUUUGAAUUAAACCGCAACAGCAGACAAAAUAAAAGAGGGCGCCGACUCUUUGCCAAUGAAGUGUGUUGCCAAAGGGAAUUAAUAACGCUUUUUUUCCCCCCUAAGCGCUCAGUGAAGGAUGUUUUAU